CUGCCUGUAGAAUAUUUAGAAAUAACAUAAAAUUAGGAAAUCUAUAUGAGUAUAAAAGGAAAGCAGCUUUAGCUCAGAAGACAAUUAAAGCAGCAAAAAAUAACUCAUGGAGACAAUAAUGUUCAACUAUAGGAUGAGAGGUUGAUUUGAGAGAAGAAUGGAAUAUGUUGAAGAAAAUGUGUGGGAAAAGAGUUAAUAAAGUAAUUCCGGUUAUUACAGUUAACAAUAAAAAAUGCGAUAACAAAAAGAAAAGGCAAAUUUAUUAGGUGAAGUUUUUUUCUAUUAUCCAUUGUGGUAACCACCUUACUGAAAUUCAUAGAAAAAGAAAGGAGGAGGUCAUUAAAAGGAAUAAUAUGGUAUAUAAAAAGAAAGAUAGCAAUAACUCCACAAUGGACUUAUAUAAAUGGUAAGAGCUAUAGCAGAAAGCAAAUAUUCAGCUCCAGGAGAAGAUCAGUUGUGUUACUCUAUGUUCAGUCAAUUACCAGAAAAGGCCAUGAAGAUGGUACUUGAGCUUUUUAAUAAGUUAUGAAGGGAAGGGAAAAUUCCGUCCUUAUGGAAAAGUGCAUUAGUAAUUCCAGUUAUCAAACCUUGUAAAGACCCUUCAGGUGCAGAUAGCUAUAGACCUAUAGCUUUAACAUCACAUUUAGGCAAAUGGAUGGAAAAGACAAAGUACAAAAGACUUUCUUAUUUAUUAGAAAGAAAAGGUUUAAUCAAUGGGUAUCAAAGUGGGUUUAGGAAGAGGAGAUCUACAACAGAUGCACUUGUAAAAAUUAAUAAUGAUACAGAAAAGACUCUUCUUAUGAAAUAAAUCAUGCUUACAGUUUUCUUUGAAAUAGAAAAAGCCUAUGAUUCAAUGUGGAGAGAGGGACUAUGAAUUCCUAUCAAACAGAAUUAUAAAGAUAAAAGUGGGAUCAGAAACUUCAGAUUAAUUUGUUAUUAGUAACGGUAUUCCCCAAGGGAAUGUUAUAAGUGCCAUACUAUUUAACAUCAUGAUAAAUUACAUCUUUGAAGGAGUAGAUGUAGGAAUACAAUCUGCUCUAUAUGCUGAUGAUGGAGUUAUAUGGAAAAGAGGAAAGAAUAUAAAUCAUUUAGUUCAAAAAAUACAAAACUCAAAAGUAUGGAAACAUCAUGUUAUAUGAUAUUUUCAAAAAUAUCGGAAAACCUUUGACUAUCUACAAGGAGAACAUGGAAAGGGUUAAAGAAUUUAAAUAUCUAGGAUUAUGGCUAGACCAAAAAUAUAUAUGGAAGAGUCAUAAUAAUGGGCACAUUGAGACCAAAUGUAAAAAAGUGCUGAAUUUGAUGAGUAGUAUUUCCGGAUAUGAGUGGGGAGCAAAAAAAGGAGCAUUGAUAGAUAUUUAUAGAGCUUUGAUGAGAUCAACCUUGGACUACGGUAGUAUGGUUUAUGGUGCUGCAGCUAACUCUUACUUAGAAAAGCUCAAUAGUGUUCAAUAUAGAGCACUAAGAAUUUGUACAGGCGCUAUGAAAUCUACUCCAACCAAUGCGUUUGUGACGAGCCGAAGGCGCCAGAUAGAGAGAGAGUCACACACACGUGGCUACUGUGUGUGCGUGUCUGUGUGUUUUAUGUUAUGUUUUAAUUUCUUUAUGUCAUUAAAGUUAUGUUGACUGUUCUGCCGGUUCCUGCCUCCUCCUUGCCCAUCAUAAGAACCCCGUUACACUGGUGCGAAAACCCAGGAAGGAGGAGGGAUGCGCUGUCGUGUAGUCCUCGCAGCUGCAGUCUGCCGGGAAGUGGAGGAGCUGUGGCCGUCCACCAUGGGACGGAGUAGUCGCUGCCGGCCGCCGGGAGUUGGAGGAACCACUGCCGUCCGCCAGGAAGCGGAGGAGCCUUGAUCGUCAACCAGGGGAGGAGCAGCUGUCGUCCCCCAGAGGGCGGAGGAGUGGCUGAGGACCAGGCGACGGCAUGUCCAGGGACCAGCGAGCAAGUUUUUUUCUCUCUCUCCUCUCUCUCUCUCUCUGUCCCUCCCCCUUGCUCUUUCCCUCUCCCCUCUCCCUCCCCUCGUCUCUCACAGGGCUCCAGGAAGGGAGUGGAGGGGAGUAUGUCAUGCCGGAGGUUUCCCUGGCCUGAAUUGGGCGGUGGAGGAGUGUGACGAGGAGGAGUGCGUGGCCGGGCCGCGAGGAUGCACACCCGGUGCUGAAUUGUCCUAAUCAGCCAGGAGGGGGAUAAAGAUGAGCCGGAGGUGCCAGUUCGAGAGAGAGAGAGAGAGAGAGAGACAGGCGGCCCCUGUGUGUAAAAUAGCACAUGCGAAAGCGAGAGCAUAUUGUUUCAGGCAGCAAAAGUACAGAGAAAACCUGCUGCUCAGAUAUAAUGAGGAGAGCUAUCAAACAGUGGCAUUGUCGGCCCAGGCUGCUUGUUCCUCUGCUGAGCCUGGCAUUGAUUCCACUGGCACUUCUAAAACUGCCUAUAUAUCACACCGACCCAAAGAGUGUCAUUAGAGUGUCAGUAGAUCCUGUCUAUCGAGAGCAUGUUCAUUCGUAUGUCAGCGAGAUGCUGGCCAGAAAAUGCAGACCUUCUUUUGCUCGACAGAGAAUGGAAGCUGAGCAUUCCAGCUCCACACCAGUGACAGUGCCCUUUUUGGACAAGAACACUCUUUUAAAUGAACAAAUUUUCAAAUAUCCUCCACCGUUUGGUUUCCUGGAAAUGCAGAACAAGCUUCAAGAAGUCUUGAACCUCUUACCUGCUUCAUCAGAGGAGAGAUUUGGAGGGCGAGACUGUCGUCGAUGUGUAGUGAUUGGAAAUGGAGGGAUACUCAAAGGAUUGGGGCUUGGGCCUCUUUUGAAUCAGUUCAAUGUCAUCAUAAGGUUAAAUAGCGGCCCUGUGAAAGAUUACAGUGCAGAUGUUGGUAAUCGCACCACCAUCAGAAUUAGUUACCCUGAAGGCUGCCAAAAGGUUUGGGAAGAUUCCGAUCCAGAUCUCAAGUUUGUGGCUGUGAUCUACAAGCCUGUAGACUUCCACUGGCUUCGAGCAAUGAUCACCAAAACAACAGUUUCACUGUGGGACUGGCUGUUUUUCUGGCAGCAGGUGCCAGUGAAGGUUCCAGUUGAGCUCUCACAGUUUCGUUUGCUGAAUCCCGAGGUCAUUAGGGAAACAGCCCUGGAUCUGCUCCACUAUCCCACACCCAGACAACGCCUGUGGGGAUGGGACCAGAAUGUCCCUACUUUAGGCGUCUCGGCCCUUAACCUGGCCACAUAUAUAUGUGAUGAGGUCAGUUUAGCAGGCUUUGGCUAUAACCUCAGCCAGAAAGAGGCUCCUCUCCAUUACUAUGAUGACCUACCCAUGACCGCCAUGUUAAAGGAAGCCAUGCAUGAUGUUCAGACUGAGAGAGUUUUGCUCAAACAUCUCAUAGCUUCAGAUACCAUCACUGACCUCACAGGUGGCAUACACUGCAACUUCUGUUCAAGAUAAAUGCAUCCGGCACCAACAGACACCUUUUAUGGACCAGCUCUUACUGUAGUGCAUGGGAAAGCUGUAUGCGCAUCUUCAAAAACACAAUACUAAUGAGUAUUUUAUUAACCACAAAGCUGGCAUUUUGUUGCUGCUGCUGUGUUGUUUUAUGUGAAAUCAAAACUAAUGUACGAAAAAGACACUAAUGAUGUACAUUGUACAUUUUUAUAUAUCUUUUAUUUUAAAAAGAUGUUUUGCCAAAAUAAAAGAUCAUGUCCAUUUACAGACACUUGAGAGACCGAGAUCCUGACAUUUUAAAUCCAGUUUAACUCAUGGGUUUGCAUCAUUUCAAGUAGUUUGAUGUGAUAUCAAGAAUAAAAAAUAAAUAAAAUUCCAAUCCUGGAAUGUUCACUGUUCUGUUUUGAAACUAUACUACUGCACCCGUGCAUGACCUGGAAUACAAUGUAUUUUACUUUUUGCAUGACCUGGAAUACAAUGUAUUUUACUUUUUGCAUUUAAUUCUGUUUUUAUGUAAAUGUUUAUUAAAUAUUUUAAUGAAUAUCAGA